CAUCAAUGUGCGACAGCACCGUCGAUAUCUGCCAAUGGAGGAGCGGGCGACGUCAGCAACUUUGAAAAAAGCUUUAAAAACCCAUUUCGGGUUCAGUAGCUUUAGAUCUCAGGUCCAGGAAAAUGUUAUCAAAGCGGUUGUUCGAGGUGACAGGGACGUGUUUGUGUGCAUGCCCACUGGGGCAGGAAAGUCUCUUUGCUAUCAGCUGCCUGCUCUCCUGGCUGAAGGCAUCACUUUGGUCAUCUCCCCGCUAAUUGCUCUCAUUCAGGACCAAGUGUCCCACCUGAGGGAUCAGAACAUCCCCGCCCACUCCAUCAACUCCAAGCUUGCAGUGGGAGAGCGGCGGGUGAUCCUCGCCGACUUACAGAGCCAGAGCCCGAAGCUGAAGCUGCUCUACAUCACGCCGGAGAUGGUGGCGUCUGCGUCGUUCCAGCCUCACCUGACUGACUUGUGCUCGCGAGGCCUCCUGUCCUACCUAGCUGUGGACGAGGCCCACUGCGUCUCCCAGUGGGGUCACGAUUUCAGGCCCGACUACCUCAAACUGGGGGACCUGCGCUCUCGCAUGCCCGGGGUCGCCUGCAUAGCGCUCACAGCGACAGCCCCCAGCAACGUUCAAGAAGACAUCAUCCGGUCCCUGGAGCUGCGUCUUCCCCUGUCCUUCACAACGCCCGUUUUCCGCUCCAAUUUGCACUACGACGUCAUCUUCAGUGAGAUUCUUCCGAACCCUUUCGUUCACCUCCACGUCUUCAUCCAGAAGGCACUGGCUCUUGGCAGCGGCUCCAACGGAAAGGGCUGUGGGAUCGUGUACUGUCGGACCAGAGAGGGCUGUGAGACUGUGGCCCACCAGCUUACCAAGCUCGGUGUCCUAGCAAAGCCUUAUCAUGCUGGUCUCAAGGCCCAAGAUCGCACAGAAGCCCAGAAUGACUGGAUGCAGGGGAAAGUCCUGGUGAUUGUGGCCACCAUCAGCUUUGGUAUGGGUGUAGACAAGGCCAGUGUAAGGUUUGUUGCUCAUUGGAACCUGGCAAAGUCCAUGGCCAGCUACUACCAGGAGUCCGGGCGAGCAGGGAGAGACGGACUGCCGUCCCUGUGUCGCAUUUACUACUCCCGGAAGGAUAUGCAGCAAAUUAAAUUCCUCGUCCAUAAGGAGAUUGCACGUAAACAGGAAAAGCGCAACUCUGCAAAAGAAUGCGACAAAUCAGCCAUUAAAGACCUUGAAGCCAUGGUGUCCUUUUGCGAGCAGGAGAGUUGCCGCCAUGCCUCCAUUUCCAAGUUUUUCGGGGACAAGCCACCCAACUGUUCAGGCGCUUGCGACUGCUGUUCCAACCCCAAAGUUGUGCGGGCCCAGCUGGAGAGGGUGUCCAGCCUCAACACUGGGAUCAGAGCUCACAGCAAAGAGUCCCAUGGCCCCUUUGGUUUCAACCAGGACUUUUAUGAAGGAGGAAAAAAGGGAUAUGGCUUUGAGAGGUUUGACGAAGGGGAAGACAAUGUUGAAGACGAUGCCAAGAGGAAACAGGAGUUCUCCGACCUCUUCAAGAACCAGAUGAUGCUUAGGAAGGGACUUGCCACCCAGACGGACAACUUCAUUCCUCCAGACGCCAACUGCCCACUCAGAGAGGCGAGCUGUCAGAGGAUCCCCAGGCUCACCGUGAAGACCAGAGAGCACUGCCUAUCCCUCCUGCAGGAGGUAUUAUAUGGCCACCAGAGGGCAGACGACGCGUUCAGCUGUCUUCUCACCUCAGCUGUGGAUAUUGAACAUGAGGUGUUCAAGAGCAGCAAGUCUUCCAACUUGUACAAAGCAGCCAUAUUAAAAAAGGUGUCCGAGAUGAAGAAAGCGCCUGCUGUGACAGAGCAGGUGAAGAGCUGCAGUGGAGGCGAAGCCAUGCGGAAACAUGAAGAGGAGGCGUCCUCCUCUUCGUCCUUAUCCGAGGAGCUGCAUGGGUUUAAAUCUGCAUCCGAGGUCUACUCGAUGAAGCGUAAGAGAGUGGGAGCAGGCCACAGGGGCUCGUCGCACUCCCACCUGGCUGCCAAGGAUCUGCUGAAGCCCUCCAUGGAGGACAGUACGUCUGAUAAGGGAGCGCCUUGUAGCACCACAGGUGGCGUUAAAGAGGAGCUAAAAGGAAAAUGGAAAGAUAACCCUGUGCCUAUGACAUCAUCGAUGCAAGCUGUAGCCGCCACCUCCUUGUCCUCCUCGAGUAGCCCCGUUAAGGGAGGCCGAGCUGUGAGCAAGAAGCAGCAGAAGCUGGCAGAAGCUGCAAAAGGUUCUCGCAGCAUCUCGCAAUAUUUUAGGACACAGACGACGACGGAGGUGCUUUCCUCCCCUACGGAUGAUAUGAGUCCAGAGGAAAACAUGAACCAAGGGCAGGAGUCGCCUAGCAUCUUGGAGGCUGUAGGUGGCGCUGUGGAGCCAGUCGUUCAAGAAGACGUCAUUGUGAUAAAUAGUGAAGACGAAGAAGAGAUGCUUCAAGACACUGAACUGAACAAUCUGCUGUCCACCACAGAAGUGGACACAACUCAGGAAGGCCGCAGUGUAUCCGUAACACAAGAGGCGUGCGUGUUGGAAGCCCAACAAGAGCAGCUUCCGCCAGCCAAAAGAGGUCGCUCGGCGGAGAGUAAGGGGAGCGGCCGGAGAGUGACCUUUGACCCCACCGUGCAGCAGAGGGUCCUGCAGGCGGGUCCAAUAACGACUGUGACGCUGAAGGAGGCUGCUGACGUGGUGGUCCGCUACCUGGAUCCGUUUUACACUCAGGGGAAGUUCGCUAACAAGGACCUGUUCAAGUCCUUCGCCCGCUAUCUGUCCCAUCUGCUGGCAGAGGGGAGGAGCCUGGCCAAGGGUCAAGUCAAAGCAGAGGCCAAGGCGCUGAUUAAGCAGUUCUUCUGCAACGUCAAACGCUGCGAGAGCGAGGCGGACUGGAAGCACCUGAAACGACCCGGUUACUGUGAAAGCACCACCAGUCGGCGAUGACCUGGAGAGGACAUGAAGAUUUUAGGGCUUCUUCUUUGUCAGUGCCUAAGCUUGUCUUGUUGCUGUAAGCUCAGGUGUCUCAGACACACACACACACACACACACCUAGACACUUUCACACAAUAGCAGCGUGCUCACACCAAGUCAUUGUACCGUGAUGGUACAUCCUCCUAGCCCCUCCCCUAACACCUGUGUGAAGCUGGCCCUUCUUGUCAUUGCAAUAUUAAAAUACUACUUCUGUUCGUUUGUGCAACAUUUGUUUGUGCCAUUGUCAUUUUCAUUUGUGAAGUUUCUAAGUAAGUCUAAAAAUAUAUUUUCUAACUAGUGAUGUCACACAGCACCCCCCCCCCCAAGGAAAACGUUUGUGCUGUUAUGGUUUUCAUGCUAACGUUCAUCUUUAUUCACAUGCAGCUACCCUCCACCUUGUCCAAAUCGUUCUAAACUUGUCUCAAACAUUUGUGCUACGUUUGUGCUGUCAAGAAAAAUGUUUGUGUGACAGUCUUGCACCUUUGUGCUGUAAAAAACAUUUAUGAUAUUAUAGUUUUCAUGUUACUACAAUUAUUUGAUUAUUCCCGACAGCCCCCACCCCCAUUUCCUGCCCAAAUCUUCCAUACUUGUCCCAAACAUUUGUGUAGUUUGGGCUAAAGUUGUGCUCGUUUGCACUGUAAAAAAACAAUUUGUGGUAUUACGGUUUAAUGUUAUUAACAUUUCAUUAUUAUUCACAUGCAGCCCCCCAUCUUUUCCAAAUCUCUACAAACGUGUCCUAAACAUUUGUGCUACAUUUGUGCUGUCAAGAAAAAUAGUUUGUGCUACAGUUGUGCUUGUUUGCGCUGAAAAAAAACCAAAACAUUUGUGCAAUUAUAGUUUUAAUGUUAUUAACGUUUUAAUAUUAAUCAUACCCAGAAUCCCCCAACCCUACACACCUUGUCCAAAUCUCAUUAAACUUCUUGCCCCAACCAUUUUGCUACAUUUGUGCGGUCAAGAAAAAUCUAAACAUUUGUGCUAUUAUGGUUUUAAUGUUAACACUCAUUAUUAUUCACAAGCAGCCCCCCACCUCGUCUAAAUCGCUCAAAACAUGUACCAAAUGUUUGUAGUACGUAUGUGCUUUCAAAGAAAACAUUUGUGCUACAGUUGUGCUUGUUUGUGCUGUAAAAAAUAUUUGUGCUAUUAUGGUUUUUAUGUUACUACCAUUUUGUUAUUAUUCCAAUGCAGCCCCUCGACCCUCUUUUUUGUUAAAAUGUCUUACAAAUCACAAAUUCCAAUUUGUGCUACAUUUGUGCUGUCAAGAAAAAAAGUGCUACAGUUGCACUCUUUUGCACUGUAAAAAAACAAACAUCUGCUAUUAUGGUUUCAUGUCAACAUGCAAGCCCCUCGCCUUGUCCAAAUCCCUCCAAACAUGUCCCAAAUGUUUGUGCUACAUUUGUGCAGUUGCAGAAAACAUUUUGUGAAGUCAAUGAAACAUUUUUGCUACAGUCGUGACCAUUUGUGCUGUAAAAAAAAAAACGUGAUAUUAUGGUUUUAAUGUUUUUACCAUGUUUUAAUUAUUUACACGCCACCUUGUCCAAAUUUCUCCAUAAUUGUUCCCAAACUAUUUUCCCAAAAAAUAGUCUGUGCUACAGUUGUGGUUGUUUGCGCUGUAAAAAAAAAAAAAAAAAUUCUGCUACGUAUUAUGGUUUUCAUGUUAUUACCAUUUUUCAAUUAUUCACACCAACCCCACAACUUUUCUUGUCCAAACAUAUAUCAUUUUCAAAAAAGCCAAUUUGUGCUACAGUUGUGCUCGUUUACGCUGUAAAAAACAAACAUUUUUGCUAAUAUGGUUUUCGUGUUAAUGUUUAAUAUUAUUUACAUGCAAUCCCCCCACCACCCACCUGUCCAAGUCUCUUUAAACUUGUCCCAAACAUUUGUGCUACAUUUGUGCUGUCAAGAAAAAAAGUCUGUGCUACACUUGUGCUUGUUUGCGCUGUAAAAAAAAAAACAUUUGUGCUACGUAUUAUGGUUUUCAUGUUACCAUUUUUCGAUUAUUCACAUCAACCCCGCACCUUUUCUUGUCCAAAUCUCUUAACAAUCUCACAAAUCACAAUUUGUGCUACAUUUGUGCUUGUUUGCGCUAUAAAAGACAACAACAUUUGUGCUACGUAUUAUGGUUUUCAACUUAUUACCAUUUUUCAAUUAUUCACACUAACCCCACACCUUCUCCAAAUCUCUAACAAUCUCACAAAUCCCAAUUUGUGCUACAUUUGUGCUAUAGUUGUGCUCGUUUGAGCUGUAAAAAAACAAACAAUAUUGCUAACAGGGUUUUUGUAUUAAUGAUUAUUAUUAUUUACAUGCAAUCCUCCCACCACACACCUGUCCAAAUCUCUUUAAACUUGUCCCAAAUAUUUGUGCUACAUUUGUACAGUCAGGAAAAACAUUUGUGCUGUCAAGAAAAAUAGUUUGUGCUACAGUUGUGCUUGUUUGCACUGGAAAACUACCAACCAUUUGUGCUAUUAUGGUUUUAAUGUUAUUGUUCAUUAUUAUACAAAUGCAAGCCCCUCGCCUUAUUUAAAUCCCUCCAAAUAUGUCCCAAAUGUUUGUGCUACAUUUGUGCAGUCAAGGAAAAUAUUUGUGCUACAGUUGUGCACGUUUGUGCUGUAAAAAAAACAUUUGUGAUAUUACGGUUUUCAUAUUUUCACCAUGUUUUAAUUAUUCACACGCAGCUCCCCACACCCCACCUUGUCCAAAUCUCUCCGAACUUGUCCCAAACACUUGUGCUACAUUUGUGCUGUCAAGAAAAAUACUUUGUGCUACAGUUGUUCUCGUUUGCCCAAAAAAACCAAACCAACGUCUGGGACAUGUUUGGAAGGAUUUGGAUAAGGUGAGGAGCUUUCAGGUGAAUAAUAAUGAACAUUAACAUUAAAACCAUAACAGCACACAUUUUUGUUUUUUUGUAGCACACACUAUUUUUCAUUUGUAAUGGUUUUAAUGUUUACAUAUAGGCUCCAGCACCCCCCGCUACCCGAGAGGGACAAGCGGUAGAAAAUGGAUGUAUGGAUGUUAUUAAAGUUUGUUAUUAUUCACAUGCAGCCCCCCACCUUUUCCAAAUCUCUCCAAAUGUGUCCCAAACGUUUGUGCUACAUUUGUGCUGUAAAAAAAACACAGUUUUCAUGUUAUUACCAUUUUUUGAUUAUUCACAUCAACCCAACACCCUUUCUUGUCCAAACAUCACACAAUCACAAUUUGUGCUACAGUUGUUCCCGUUUGUGCCUUAAAAACACACAUUUGUGCUAUUAGGGUUUUCGUGUUAACGUUCAUUAUUAUUCACAUGCACCCUCCCACCACCCACCUUGUCCAAAUAUUUUUAGACUUGUCCCAAAACAUUUGUGCAGUCAAGAAAAACAUUUGUGCCACAGUUGUGCUCUUUUGCGCUGGGAAAAAAAACAACAUUUGUGUUAUUAUGGUUUUAAUGUUACUAACGUUCAUUAUUCCUCACAUGCAGAGAGAAGAGAUUUGGACAAGGUGGGGUGCUCCACAUUUUCCAAAUUUGUCCCAAACGUUUGUGCUACAUUUGUGCUGUAAAAAAAACAUUUGUGCUACGUAUUGUGGUUUUAAUGUUACCAUUUUUUGAUUAUUCACAUCAACCCAACACCCUUUCUUGUCCAAAUUCCCCACAAUCUGACAAAUCCCAAAUUUGUGCUACAGUUGUUCCCGUUUGCGCUUUAAAACAAACAUUUGUGCUAUUAGGGUUUUCGUGUUAAUGUUCAAUAAUAUUUACCUGCAUCUCCCCACCACCCACCUUGUCCAAAUCCCUUUAAACUUGUCCAAAACAUCUGUGUUGUCAAGAAAAACAUUUGUGCUGCAGUUGUGCUGUAAAAAAAACCUUUGUGCUAGGUAUUAGGGUUUUCAUGUUACCAUUUUUUUAUUAUUCACAUCAACCCAACACCCUUUCUUGUCCAAAUUUCGCCCAAUCUCCCAAAUCCCAAUUUGUGCUACACUUGUGCUACAGUUGUUCCCGUUUGCGCUUUAAAACAAACAUUUGUGCUAUUAGGGUUUUCUUGUUAACGUUCAAUAAUAUUUACCUGCAUCUCCCCACCACCCACCUUGUCCAAAUCCCUUUAAACCUGUCCCACAUAUGUGUUGUCAAGAAAAACAUUUGUGCUACAGUUAUGCUCUUUUGCGCUGGAAAAAAACAAAAAAACAUUUGCGCUAUUAUGGUUUUAAUGUUACUAACGUUUAUUAUUACUCACAUGCAGCCCCCCGCCUUGUCCAAAUCUCUCCAAAUGUGUCCCAAACGUUUGUGCUACAUUUGUGCUGUAAAAAAACAGUUGUGCUACGUAUUAUGGUUUUCAUGUUAUUACCAUUUUUUUAUUAGUCACAUCAACCCAAUACCCUUUCUUGUCCAAAUUUCUCACAAUCUGACAAAUCUCAAUUUGUGCUACUGUUGUUCCUGUUUGCGCUGUAAAACAAACAUUUGUGCUAUUCUGGUUUUAAUGUUACUAACGUUCAAUAUUAUUCACAUGCAUCCCUCCACGUUGUUUAAAUCUCACCAAAUUCUUGCCCCAAACAUUUGUGCCGUCAAGAAAAACCUUUGUGCUACAGUUGUGCUUGUGUGCAAUGUAAAAGAAAACAUUUGUGCUAUAAUGGUUUUCAUGUUACUCUCAUUUUUUAUUUCUAGCACGUAGCCCGCCGCACCACACCUUCUCCAAAUCUCCCCAUAAUUGUCCUAAACAUUUGUGCUGUCAAGCAAAAUAGUUAGUGCGAUUGUUCUUGUUUGCACUGUAAAACAACACUUGUGCUAUUAGGGUCUAUAUGUUAUUACCAUUUUAUUACUAUUUAUACACAGCCCGUCUCCACACAAGCACCUUGUCCAAAUCUCCCCAAAGUUGUCCCAAACAUGUGUGCCACAUUUGUGCGUCAAAAAAAAUGUUUGUGCUACAGUUUUGCUCGUUUGCAAUGUAAAACAUAAAACAUUUGUGCUAUUACGGUUUCAAUGUCAACAUAUUAUUAUUCUCACACGUGCAAAUCUCUCCAAACUUGUCCCGAACAUUUGUGCUGUCUAAAAAUAUUUGUGAUAUCAAUAUUUCAGUAUCAAUCUGCACGUUACUAUGUGUGUGAAUAUAAUUAAAUAUAGUAACAUUGUAACCAUAAAAGCACAAAUAUUGUUCUUGAUUUGGACAAGGUAAGGGGCCUGCAUGUGAAUAUGUAUAUAAUGUUAAUAAUACCAUUAAAAUCUUAUUAGCACAAACGUUAAGGAAAAGGUGGGGGGGCUGUGUGUAAAUAAUAAAAUGUUAACAUUAAAACCAUAAUAGCACAAUGUUUUUGGUUUGUGCUGUCAAACAAAACAUUUGUGCUAUUAUGGUUUGAAUGUUAUUAACGUUUUAUUACUCACACCCACAGUAACGUGCAUAUUGAUACUGAAAUAUUAAUACCACAAAUGGUUUAAUGUUAACGUUAAAACCGUAAUAGCGCAAAUGUUUUUAUACAUCACAAAUAUAGCACAAAUGUUUUAUUUCAACAUUAAAACCAUAACCGCACACAUUUUUUGGAGAGCACAAAUGUUUUUGAGAGCACAAAUGUAGCACAAAUGUUUCUUAUACAGCACACAAUGUUUUUUUUAAUACAACACAAAAAAAUUUUUUAUGUUAUUGACAUUAAAACUAUAAUAGCACAAAUGUUUUGGAGAGCACAAAUGUGGCACAAAUGUUUUAUGUUAACAUUACAACCAUAACCGCUCAAAUGUUUUUGAGAACACAAAUGUUUUUGUUAACAUUACAACAUAAUAGCACAAUGUUUUUAUGUUAACGUUAAAACCACAAUAACGCAAAUGGUUUUAUACAGCACAAUUAUAGCACACGUUUUUUUUAUUUCAUCAUUAAGACCAUAACUGCACAAAUGUUUUUGAGAGCACAAAUGUAGCACAAUUGUUUUUUUUAUACAGAACGCAAUGUUUUUUAAUACAACACAAAAAAAUGGUGAAUGUUAUUGACAUUAAAACAAUAGCACAAAUGUUUUAUUUCAACAUUAAGACCAUAACUGCUCAAAUGUUUUUGAGAGCACAAAUGUAGCACAAAUGUUUUUUAUACAACACAAAUGUUUUUUUUUACUUUACCAUUAAAACAAUAGCGCAAAUGUUUUUGAGGGAACAAAUGUUUUUUUAUACAGAACGCAAUGUUUUUUAAUACAACACAAACAUUUUUUCAAUGUCAUUGACAUUAAAACAAUAGCACAACUGUUUUAUUUCAACAUUAAGACGAAAACUGCACAAAUGUUUUGAGAGCACAAAUGUAGCACAAAUGUUUUAUAUACAACACAAUUUUUUUUUUAACUUUACCAUUAAAAAAAUAGCGCUAAAAUGUUUUUGAGAGCACAAAUGUAGCACAAAUGUUUUUUUAUACAGAAAGCAAUGUUUUUUUAAUACAACACAAAUAUUUUUUAAACGUUAGUCACAUUAAAACAAUAGCACAAAUGUUUUUAUACUGUACAAAUGUAGCACAAAUGUUUUGUUAACAAUAAAACCAUAACCGCACAAAUGUUUUUGAGAGCACAAAUGUAGCACAAAUGUUUUUUUAUACAGAAAGCAAUGUUUUUGUAAUGCAACACAAACAUUGUUUCAACAUUAGUGACAUUAAAACAAUAGCACAAAUGUUUUUAUACUGUACAAAUGUAGCACAAAUGUUUUGUUAACAAUAAAACCAUAACCGCACAAAUGUUUUUGAGAGCACAAAUGUUUUUUUAUGCAGCACAAAUGUUUUUUUUUUACUUCAACAUUAAUACAAUAAUAGCGCAAAUGUUUUUUUAUACAGCACAAAUGUUAUUUUUUUUAUGUUAAUGACAUUUAAACAAUAAUAGCACAAAUGUAGCUAAACAUUUUCAGGCUUGGUGAGAUUGCACAAGGUGCAGCGAGUGACCUCACUGGUCAGAAAAUAUAAUUUAGAACGGGCUGAAAACCCUUUAGUAGCACAAACAAAAGAAUGUACGGGACAAACGGAAGGCUGUGUUUUUUAAAUAUUUGCAACGACAAGGUUCUGCUGGCUGGUGCCCACACUAAGUAUUGACGCUAAUACCCGCAUGAUUACUUCUAUUUGGCUGUAUUACUGCAUUUCCUCUGCCUUUGUGGAUUAUUUUUUGUCUUAUUUCAAGUCAUUCUAAUGAUUUCUAUUGUGGAAGGUGGCGCAGUCUGUCACUACGUGGGACGGGAGUGCACACAAAUGUAGCGCAUGUGAGCGAUUUGACUUUUGUACUAUUUUGAGUCUUAUUUCAUUCCUUAUAUAAAAGGUGCUGGUUAUCAUUAAGACGGUGCAAUUGGCCUCGUGUGAGUACGCCAUAAAAAACUGUCAACUGUCUUUUUUUGCUUUCCCAUCAAAUGACUGUGAUCAGUUUAGGUUUGCAUUCAUACCGGAAUAAACAAGUGGAUGAAAUACACAAUAAUGUGAAUAAUGCAACGUUUAAUGAUAUAGUAUUACGUUUUCCAAUAGCUCUCUUUUUUGUAUUGCUGCUAUGUUUGUCUUUGACUGAAAAACAGAGGCAAUUUAAAUUAUUUUGAUACAAUUUUUGCAGAAAUAAAUGCAGUUCCUUUAGUAAUAUGUUGUCAGACCGGCCUGUGGAGGAAAGCCAUAGAGCACCCCCAACCCCUGAGCACCUCAAUGUUGUUUUUUUCAAUAAAGAAUGUACAGAAACGGAACAAAGCAAGCACAGCGAGGCAUGUAACAUGAUUUGUGUCGAUUAAUUAGUGCUAAUAAUGUCCUCAGAUGGACAAUUAAACACCCCCCUGUGUGUUUGUGUCUUGGGUACUUGGAGUGCUGAGCAGCUAACG